UCUCUGCUGAUACACGAUGGUUCAGUUUUUAUCUCUGCAUGUGUUUCUCUGUGCCAUGGGUUUGCUCUCAGAGACUCUGUGCUCUUUAACUUUGGAGGCAGAAGCUGGAGAUAAAGUCACUAUUUGGUGCAAACAUGAUCUGACUGACACAGGUUACAUCUUCUGGUAUAAACACACAAGUGAUUCAGUUCCACUUCUUAUGGGGUGUAAACAGUUUUUUACAUCAGCUCCAUCAAAAGCGUGUCACUUCUUUAAUGAAAGUGAAGGAAUAGUGAUGUCAGUUCAUGACAAGAACACGUCUCUCACCAUCACUGCAGUAAACGUCUCUGAUACAGGACUCUAUUACUGCGGGUACAUGGAACAGAAUCAGAUUAUAUAUAGUGAUUCAAUCUACUUAAGCAUGAAAGGUUCAGACUCUCCACCUGUGUUCUUCAUACUGACUGUGUUGUUUGGUGCAGUGAUUGUGAUUCUUCUUAUUGUCCUAAUCUUCAUUGUACUGAAGCAUAAAGUAGGUCAUGAAUCAUCCAAAAAUGAGAAAAGCUUACAGUAA